AUGGCCAUUUGCUCCAUGCGCUCCGCAAGAGGAGGAGCAAGAGUAGCAAGAGGAAAAGGGGGUGGUGCGGUGGGGGAUGGGGAGGGGGAUGGGGAGGGGGAUGGGGAGGGGGAUGGGGACGGGGAUGGGGAGGGGGAUGGGGAGGGGGAUGGGGAGGGGGAUGGGGAGGGGGAUGGGGACGGGGAUGGGGAGGGGGAUGGGGAGGGGGAUGGGGACGGGGAUGGGGAGGGGGAUGGGGAGGGGGAUGGGGACGGGGAUGGGGAGGGGGAUGGGGAGGGGGAUGGGGAGGGGGAUGGGGAGGGGGAUGGGGAGGGAAGAGCCUGCUGCUGCCACAUCAUCACGCACUAUCUCCAGCUCAGCAAGAACUCGUCCCAAGGAGGGCCGGGAGGAAGCAGGCAUGGCGGUGCAUGCGAGCCCAACACGAGCCAGCCGCACCAAGCUAGGAAUAAGAGCAUUCGGUAUCAGCAUAAUUACUGUUCCCAGUCGGUCGGGAACAUUGGGAACAUUGGGAACACCCAGUGUAGUAUCAGCAGCGCUCGCAGCUGCUGUGCCUGCUGUGGUGGUGGUGCUGAUGGUGCUAGAGGGUGCGCUGGUGCUGCUGGUGGCGCUGCUGGUGGCGCUGCUGGUGGGGAUGCUGGUGGGGAUGCUGGUGGGGAUGCUGGCGCUGGUAUCGGUGGUGGGUGGGAGGGAAGAGGAGGCGAGCGCGGGAUCGAAGAGAGCAGCCAAGUUGUUGGCUUGAAGCUGCGUGCCAACGUGGUGUGGGGUGAAGGGCGGGAACAUAGAGGGUGGGGUGGAGCAUGGGGGACAGCGCAAGGGGGAGAAAGAGGAGCAUGGAGGGAGAAGCAUGGAGGGAGGAGCAUGGAGGGAGAAGCAUGGAGGGAGGAGCAUGGAGGGAGGAGCAUGGAGGGAGAAGCAUGGGGCACUCACCACUCGCCCUUCCCCCAAUGCUCCUCUCAGCACUCACCACUCGCCCUCCCCCAAUGCUCCUCUCAGCACUCACCACUCGCCCUCCCCCCAAUGCUCCUCUCAGCACUCACCACUCGCCCUCCCCCCAAUGCUCCUCUCAGCACUCACCACUCGCCCUCCCCCCAAUGCUCCUCUCAGCACUCACCACUCGCCCUCCCCCCAAUGCUCCUCUCAGCACUCACCACUCGCCCUCCCCCCAAUGCUCCUCUCAGCACUCACCACUCGCCCUCCCCCCAAUGCUCCUCUCAGCACUCACCACUCGCCCUCCCCCCAAUGUUCCUCUCAGCACUCACCACUCGCCCUCCCCCCAAUGCUCCUCUCAGCACUCACCACUCGCCCUCCCCCCAAUGCUCCUCUCAGCACUCACCACUCGCCCUCCCCCCAAUGCUCCUCUCAGCACUCACCACUCGCCCUCCCCCCCCAAUGUUCCUCUCAGCACUCACCACUCGCCCUCCCCCCAAUGCUCCUCUCAGCACUCACCACUCGCCCUCCCCCCAAUGCUCCUCUCAGCACUCACCACUCGCCCUCCCCCCAAUGCUCCUCUCAGCACUCACCACUCGCCCUCCCCCAAUGGUCCUCUCAGCACUCACCACUCGCCCUCCCCCCGAUGCUCCUCUCGCUCUCACAGCCUCUCUGAAAAACUCGGGCAUGGUCUUCCCUGAGGCGAGUUGA